AUGCCCCCACCACAUCCCCCCCUGUUAUCCACCACGCACGAACACGAUCAUAUUGUCGAUGCUUCUAUUUUGAGCAUCAUAAAGCCACCGCUGCCAAGUCGACGGCCGAGAACUGCUCAGUCACCGAGCAAUGCCGAGGUCUUGGUACCGCCACUCAUCGCUGGCGCUCUCGUUGCUGCUUUCGCUACUGCCCUCGCCGAUGGGUUGAAUAACGAACUCCUCACCCAUUAUUAUCUCCCCGAGCAAAAGUUUCGUGUCAAUAUUGAUAGGAUAGUGGAUCGGCUGUUGUCUGAGUUCACAUUGAUGUUAUGGGACGAACUGUGGGCCUUCUAUUGUGACUCGAAUCCGGACUCGACUGAGCAAAUCAAGAAAUUGUUCGAUGGACCUGUUUGUCAACUUAUACUGAUCCUCAAUGGACCAGAAGCACCACGAUGCCUACUUGAUAAACUUGGCCCGGGUAUAUCACGACGUCCUGCGACAUGGUCCGAGUCAGCACGGGGCAUUGAACUGCCAGUUGCUCUCCAACUCCUCUGCAGCUACUGGGACAGAGAAUACCCAGCCCGUUCACCCAGAGGCACACCGAAUGAGAUUGCUGCUUCUCUACAUACCUACAUCACGACAGGGAGGUCUGCGAGGCAUCUUAUCUCAAGGAUACGUGAGGUCUUGAUCUCACCUCACUAUGUGCAAAUGCAUCUCAUGGAAUCAGCUCUCUGGCACAUCCUCAUGAAGCCCCCCUAUCGACCCCCUGGAGAUGGGUUCCACGCCGUCCAGUUUAAAUUUGAGUGUCAACUCUUUGGCCCCCUUCAAGGUAUCGGAGAUCCUCAACUCGUCAAGAUGGGCUCCUUGCCGGCUAUUACCGGCACCGCAAAUGACUGUGUUUACACCACGGUAUCUGACUAUACAGUGAAGCAGUGGCCCAAGUGCGGCGAACUACUCCUGGGAUGUAUCGAAAACGCCGUCAAAGAAGCUUCAGCGUCGAGCUGUGAGGGUCACUCAUUCACCGGCAUGUCGAUUUGGGAUGGUACCGAAAACCCAUUCUUAUGUCCUGGCCUACGCCUGCUGCAUGUCGAAGUCGAAGAUGGCUCAAUACGGCUGACAGUAUCGGCGUGGACUCACACCAUGGUAGAAAUAAUACAACAGAUGGCGUGGACUUGCGCAGCACUCAGUUCCUCGCCAUUUCAGGAUUCACUUUCUGAGAGUGCCAUUGAAGUGUCGGAUUGGCAGUACAUGGACGAUUCAAUCUUUGUCGAGUGUAAUCUUGCGCAUCGACCUGUGCCAGCAGGAGAUGGCUCAGCGUGGUUGAAGCAGAUGGAAGGAGCUGCUAUUGCAAACGGGUUCCCGAUAAACCAUGUUAGGGAAGAUUCUCAGAUGACAUAG